UUUCCCUCCGUGCCCUAAAACUCACGCCGACACCCGAUCCCCCUCUUCUUCAUCUCCCUCACGCGCGGACAACCCGAGCCGCCUCUCCCUUCUUCUCUCUCGGUUCCAGCCAAGCCACCGCCGCCUCCUAACCUCCUCUCCCUCGCCGAGCCUGUUCUCCCCAAGCUGUCAUCGGUUCUCUACUGCGUCGAGCCAUAGCCGCCAAGUUCUUGCACCUGAGUCGGCCUUUCCUCCUUGCACGAGCACACCACAGCCGGCGACCUCUUUCCCCUCGAGUCACCACGCCGACGAUCUCUCCCUUAUAGGACUGUAAUUCGAGACGAGCACUUCGACGUGGAGAUUGUUUAGCUCGGUCUACAUUUAAGGGAGAAGGAAGAAAUUGUAUUCACACUUGAGGGUGUCAAUUUUUGACUUCUUUUAUCGUCUAUAUUGAUGGAUCGACAAGCUCAUGACUAUGCAGCAGCCAUGGCAUUUGCUCAGCAACAGCAGCAGCAGCAGCAGCAGCAGCAGCAGCAUGCAGGCAUGCCACCUCAGCAACAGUUUGGUUUCCAUCCACAGAGUCAACAAUUCCCUCACCAAGUACAUGGGUCACAGUUCUUACCUCAUCCAUCUCUCCAACAAUUCCCUCCUUACCCUCGUCCUUUUCCACCGCCACAGCAGCUCUAUCCUCAUCCUCAUCUUGGUCUCCAACAACAACAGCCAUCAUCAGCUGCAUUUGGUCCUCACAAUCCAACCUCUCAUUUAAUGGCUCCGCCUCCUUAUGCACACCCAUAUGAUUCAGCUCUUCCGCCUGCUCCUCCUCCUUCAGAUCCAGAGCUCCAGAAGCGGAUUGAUAAAUUAGUCGAGUAUUCUGCCAAGAAUGGCCCUGAGUUUGAAGCUAUGAUCCGUGAGAAGCAACAUGACAAUCCUGAGUACAGCUUUCUUUUUGGUGGUGAGGGCCAUAGUUAUUAUAGAUACAAGUUAUGGCUGUCAACACGAGCCUCUGGUGCACCCUUCAACCAUCCUUUCCCUCCGUCUAUGUCAGUGAUGCCCCCAUCCUAUAAUCCCAUGAUAAAUCCAUCUGCUCUAAAUCUUCCUCCUUUAGGCACUGGAGCUGGUUCUACAGGUUCUCCAUUGGGUGCAUCUCAGUUACACCAACCUACUUAUCCACCUUACUAUGAUCAGCAUCAACAGCCUCAUCAUUCCCAGCCCUACAUGGGACAGCCCCGAUCUGAUUAUGAACCAUCAACAAAAUUCAAGGGCCUAUCUGGGCCACUUCCUUCUGAUGUUGGAGCCGAGCUUAAUGGUGUACUUACUAAUCUAACUGGCACCAAGGAGUCUAUUAAGGGAGCCAAAAUGUGGUUCAUGCAAAGAUCACCUUUUGCACCUGCUUUGGCUGAAGCUCUUAGAGAUAGAAUUUUUUCUCUAGAAGAUGCUGAGAGGCAGAUGCAUAUUAUUUUUCUAGCCAAUGACAUCCUCUUCGACAGCUUGCAACGCCGGAUCAAUCCUCAAGAGCUUGAUAAUGAAGCGCUUGCAUUUAGACCUGUGCUGGGAUCCAUGCUUGCAAGGAUUUACAAUAACCCUCAUAACAAAGACGCUAAUCAAUCUCGUCUUGAGAAGAUAUUACAGUUUUGGGCUUCUAAAGAAGUAUUUGACCAAGAAAUCAUCAAAGGCCUUGAGAUAGAAAUGACUGGUGGAUUGUCUUUCCGGUCAUCUGCACAAAAGGAAAUGAUGAGUGUAUCAGAUCCAUCGAGUUUCAUAGGCUUAACACCUCAACAAUGGCCCGAUAAGCAAAACCCUAACUUGAGCUCGGUUGGUCAACAAGAUGCCAGUAAACAUCUGCCUGCUAUGUCAACCCCACCUUUUGCACCUGCUGCCGGUCAGCCAUUUGUCAUGAACCAAGUACCUGGUGCCAUUUUCCCAGCAGCAGCCCAGAGUUCUCUCCCUGCAGCUGUACCAAUCCAACCACCUAUUGGCAUAACAGAUCAAAGUCCUCCACCUUAUCCGCUGUUCCCACCUGGGCUCAUCCCUGGCAUGGUGAGAAAGAUGCAGAUUGGCAGCGGUGUGCCCUACUCUCCUUUGAGUCCACUGGAUAUACCAACUGUGGUUCCCCCGCCCACCGUGACUCCUUCUGAGAUUCUCGACCGUGUGUCCAAGUUCUUCAAGGAGAUUGGAGAGGUCAACCCAUCAGAAGGCCCAAUGGCGCAAUCUGAUUUGAAAGAUGAAUUCCAUGACUAUGAGAGAGAUUCUCCUGUUCGGAAGGGUGGGGCAUGCAUUCCUCCACCUCCUAACUUGCAGAUGGACCCUGAAACUGGUUCCUACCCUGAUGGCAGUGUAGACCGCAAGACAGAGAGUAGCUCAGGGAGGUUAGGUCUCGGUGCAACGGCAAAUCCAAACGAGGUGAGCCAGUAUGAUGACGUCUACACAUCUUACCGCAAGCAGAGAAGCACCAACUAUCAUUCUUCUAUGAGUUCUAGAACUGGUGCUAGGUAAUUUUGCAAACUAAACAGUGUACUCGACCUGUGUCUAAAUCCAAAAUGUUGGGAAACAUGUAGUGUUUGGGACGUUUGCUCGACUUCAUUUCCGAUAGAUCAUUGUGGGAAGUUGUUAAUUGCCUUUGUGUACCUUUAUUCUCGGUCAUCAUAUAGUUCUUAAUCAAACUGUGAUUGUAAUUGUCUAAUUAAUUAUAAUCGAUGAGAUCCAUAUCUUCACAUAA